AUGCAUAAGAUAUUCAGAAAAAAAGACAGGUUGCAUACCAAAUAUGACUGACUAAUUAAUCAAACUAUGCUCUGUUGCUUGAAUUCCUCUGUCACUAUACUUCAUUUUUCUCAUGCAAAAUUCUUAUUAUCUACCAUUAAUUCCAGUAACCUCUGCAGUCUACUUUAGUUUCUUCAUCAACAUCAAACCAUGCUUAGAGCUUUGAGUACACGAAGAAGCUGUCACAAAUAUGAACGGGUAGGUGAUGAUCCUGCAAUCGGUCUUUUGGAAUGGGAGGGAAAAUUGAAAAGAGCUUCAAGUGUACCAGCUUCUCGACUAUUCGUAUUUGGUUCUUCAACCAAAUUAAAAGCAGAGGUUACGUUCCCAGUUGCAGAUAAUCCUAAGCCUAAGGCGAAGCCCGCCAAAGAGGUUGUCAAGACUCAUCCCCUCUUUAGUCUUUUCGACCGCCGACGUAAGAAGAAAACUACUGCAAAACCAGAAUUCGCUAGGUACUUGGAGUACGUAAAGCAGGGAGGGAUGUGGGAUGGUAAUUCCAUUAUGCCCAUCAUUCAUCAUAAAUAAAUAUGUAAUUGUCUUUUGGUUUCUUUAAUUCCUUUGGAGAUUACAAUUUAAGAAUCAGAAUUUUGGCUUAAGCCAAAAUUUACCAUGAUCUCCAUCUGUUGAUUUGAUGUUUUCAAUCUUGUGAAGUAUCAAUUCAGAAGUGUUAAUUAAUUUGGUUCCAGAGAGUGGAUGAGAGUAAAUGCAAAAUCUAUCUGAAAAUAGAUUCCACCACCAUUUACAAACGUGAAAUUUGUUCUCCCACAGAUUACAAAGAAUUGAAUUGGAAGA